AUGGACACAUCGACUUCGAACGAAUCGCUCACUGAAUUACCAGAAGUGUUCAUUGCCAGUGUCGAUCCAGAUUAUCUUGUAUUGAAAUCUAUGUUGAGACCUAAGAGAAUAGCCCUCAGGGGAGGGGAUGGUCGUCGUUAUUUAAUAAUGUGCAAGCCAAACGACGAAUUACGGAAGGAUGCUCGUUUCAUGGAUGUAAACAGGGUGGGGAUUGAUUUUUUUGUUUACAUUUUGAUCAACAUGAGAAAGAGUGCUCAUUAG